GCGCAUACGACCGCGCGGACCACUAUCGAAACUGAAAGGAUUAACAAUGCGAUGGAUGGAAAAUCGUUGGAGGACGUUUGGAUGAGCCUUGCCUCCAAAUAACAUUCAGAUUUUUGUCUGACACAAAUGACAGCGACUAUUGAAACUGACAGCUUUAGUCAUGCCAAAGAGAUUUCAUAAUCACAGCCUUAUCGAUAUGUUUGAAAACUUACCGUUCAUCGACUAACUAGAGUCUAUGGUGCCUUUACAUUUGGAGCCAAUUCAGCCGAGCGAGGUGUCGGAUAAAAGGAUCUGGAUCGGCAAUCUCGACACCAGAGUUAAUGAGUAUCAACUACUGAAAAUGGUCCGUGUGUAUGGAAACAUCGAGAAGUUUGACAUGCUGUUCCACCGGAGUGGUCCCUGUGUGGGCCAGCCCCGGGGGUUUGCCUUCGUCACCUACAAGCUAAGGCAGGAUGCCAUCAAAGCCAUGAACUCAUUGAAUGGCCAGAUGCUUGGCAUGAAGAGAAUCAGUGUCAAAUUCGCUAAGAAUACUGAUGAACAAGAAAAACCUAAGCCUGAAUUGGGUAUAGCUGCACUAGCUGGAGCAAAACCCGAACUGAAACUGAGCAAAAAGACAGCUAUCCAGUCUAUUGAGGCCAAACUUAAGAUGAUGGAGAACAUGAAAGCUGGUGAUGACUUUGUUAUCAACAAGCUAGCAGCUAAUGAGACCCCAGUCAUAACUCAGUACCAAACAAAGCAAUACCAGCCCCCUAACAAAACUAUCAGCUCGUUCAGGCGGCGACAUCCCUAUCACAAAAAAAGAUAAAAAGGUCACACUAACCUUAUUACUUUUGCCUUAUUUUUUUUAAGAGGUGGGAGGCGUUACUGUGAAAAAAUAUGAUGGUUGUUUUUGGUAAUCUCAAGCUAUUUUUUUUAAGCAUUGACUCAUAGUUUUAAGUACUUAAACUUUUACUCAUUUUUCUUGCUUGAGUGCUUAUUGUGUUUGUCGGAUGUAUUUUUUUUUUUAAUAUUUCUGUAAUGUACGUAUGAUUGAUGAUGUUUGCAAAUAAAGAGUAUCACAGUAGCGCCAAUUGAAUGUGUUUGCAAAUAAUGUUGGCUUCAACGAUUGUGUUAUGUGACAUGUGAUUUAUUUAUAAGUAUUGUAAUUAAUGUUAGAUUUUUAAGUUAUGAAGUGAUGUUUUGAUGCAACAAAUAUAGUUCAAUAAUAAAUUCACGAAUUACGAUCGGGUUUGCAUUCGAAUAUAUUUUAAUAUUCUUGUAAUCGUUUACAUAGAUUUAGCUUUUGACAGUGUCUUGUAUACAAGUAGUUCUGAUUGUUCUGCCAUCAAUGUGUUCAUUUAUGUCAGUUGGGAGUAAUCAUCGAAUCGCUUAUAAGUACACUAACUAUAUCAGAAAAGCGUGCAAAUUAUUUUUAAUAUAAAUAGUUCAAGAGUAUUUACAGUUGAUUGUGUAUGUAUUACACCUUACGUGAUUUGUGUGCAGAUUAUAUCAAUUGAAUAAAUUUAGCUUUUAAAAUAA